AUGAGCACCACCACCCCUCAGGGCUUGCGAAGUGCCCCCAAAGUAAACCAACCCUUCAUCCCUGAUACCGCACCCGUUCGACGGUCGCACCAUGCGAAUCAAUCACCACAACCCGCAGCCAUGGUUCACUCUCAUUCCAACUCUUCCGCCAAUGCGAACAGCCCUCAUCCUCACUUCGAUAACUGGGAUGGGCGGGAACAGAAGGUCCCGAUGUCCACGCGGGAGGUAGCCACGCCGGGAAAUAGACCGGGCUUAUUUGCCAGUCUGCACGACAGAGGGAAGACAGCCAAACAGCCCGACUUCUACGAUCCGUAUUUCCCACUCAGAUAUCUGGAGGUCCCAAAGUGUACGUCGGAGCGCCGUGCGAAUCCUAGAUCAACAACAACUGAUGUUUUCGCAGCUGAUCACAUCUACAAACGAGCUCAUUAUGGCCUACAAUCUGGAAUACCCGAUGAAGUCGAUUUUGCACUUUAUCACCUCGUUCAAAUAUCCAACCAACGGGGAGAUAAAUUCAAGUUCGAGGGCUUUCCCUUACUGGCAGAGACUCUGAUGGAAAAGGCCAUUGAUGUCUCCAUCUUGUGCACGGGCGUUAAGUGGGAGUUGCAGUAUGAUUUCAGACAGCCCACUGACCGUGUGAAUGUGCUCAACUCCCUCCACGGAACAAGAGAUCUCUUGGAGAAAAUUAGGAAGAUCCCUGUCACUCUCCCCCAGGAUACCCUUGAGACCUACGAAUUCAAUCACCGCCUCCGGAACGUGAAAGAAGCGACGCUAGUCCUCAGAAAUAUGGUCUUGUUGAAAGAGAACGCGUUCUACGUGUCGCGUUAUGCUAAGGGACUUCUGAGGGAUUUCUUGGUCAUUCUCAUCAACCUUCCCAACCAAGCUUACCUCAACGAGAUUCGAAACGAUGCGCUGGACAUCGCUGAGGAAGUGACGAAGUUCAUGCGAACAGACGCGGAAGACCCGCUAUGGAUUUCGCUGCUCAACCUUCUCGAGUCUCCUGACCGCGCGCACGUCAUUCGCGCGCUUUGGGCCCUGACCCAUUUCUCAACGGAACUAGAUGAGCCAGAUGCAAACCGAGCCAUGGAACGCAUCUCGAAACAUACUCUACAGCAGUUGUACUUCCACACGUUACUUGACUUGGACAAGGAUAUCCUGAGUGGCGCGCUCGAUUUCUGGUAUCAAUAUACGCUCUCGAGUGAGAAUAUCGAGAACAUGAUGGAUAUAUUUAGUCUGCCAUCCGUUUUCGUGCCGCGAAUGGUUGCAUUGUUACUCCAUGAUGGACGGCCAACCAAGAAGGAGACCAUCUUACAAGACGAAAAAGUCGCGCCGCCUCCUUCUGAAAUCCCUCAUGUGCCUGCAGAGCUCCUCAAGGACCUGAUGGAACUGUCAGAGCCCGAACGCAGCUCUCGCUGGCUUCGUUGCUGCUUUGUCGAGGAUGCGGAGUGUGAGAUCACGCAAAUUGCACUGUGGCAGGCGUAUCAGAGCCGGUUCGCCGAUCCUCGAGUUCCUGGUGGAGGUGUCCUUCCUGCAGCAGAGUUCAUCAAGAACGUCAGCACCACGUUCACCAACGCCCAGGCACAGGUCAUCAAUGGCCCAGGUGCAUCGACCAGAUUCAUCAUCAAGGGCAUUAGACCACUAGAAACGGCUUACACCUUCCAAGGGUUCCCGUACCUGUACUGCAAAUGGGCCGACAAUGCGAAUCAAUCCAAGUCUUGCCAGCGCGCGUUCACCACGCCGACCGAUCUUCGCAACCACGUUUUCUCGGACCAUAUGAACCUGUCUCCUACCGAGAAGCCUGGCCAUUACAAUUUGGACAAGGCAGAGUCGCCGAUCCACACCUGUCUCUGGGAUAACUGUACCAAAUUCCGUUCGUCUGGCCCCAGUGCCAACACUGCGAUGGUCGCCGGCCAUGUUUCGUCGCAUCUCCCUGAAGAGCGCCCCGCCGAUGCAGAGCCUCCGGUCUCGAAGCGUGCCGUCCUCCAAGAGCGCAUCGUGCGCAAAUGGUUUUACAUGGACACUCCGGUCAAUGAGAGAGGGGAGCCCGUCGGAGUAGCUUAUAAGGCUGCGUUGGUGCUUCGUAACCUUGCAAAGAACCUCCCGAAUGGAGUUGCGCCCCAGUACAACGGGCUUUCGUGGAAGAAGGCUGUGUUCUUGAGCCACCGCCCAAAGAUUGUGGAGAUCUGGGAUCGCAACCGAUCACUGCGCAAGGAACUUACCGAGCUAAUCAUGACUAUAGAAAGAGAAGACUACUACUGA